CUCAUUUUCCUUUUUCCUUUCUUUGUUGUACCUCUUCCCCCUCCCCCAACUGUCGUUUACUCGGACUUUGGUCGAGCGCAUAUCCAGGCCCUCACCGCUCUGCGCUCACAAGAUGUCGAGCUGGAAUAGAGAACAAAAAGAUGUGUGAGCGACCACGCCAGUCUCGAAAUGUCACUCACUCUCCGAGGCCAGGCACAGGCAACGGCAACGCAUCCAUGCCUUGGCCCAUGGAGGAAAAUAGGAGGCAUCUGAGGGUCUCAUUGGAUUCGCAACGCGGCAUAAUAAUCCGGGGUAAACCACCGUGAGAACCUGGCCAUGAGGUGGGAACUGGGAACUGGGAACUGGAAACUGGGAACUGGAACUGGGAACUUGGAAGAGCUCCGGAAGGCGUGCGGGUUUCGGGCGUGGAUUGCCGCGUCCAUUGCCGCCGAGGAACCGACGGUCAGUGCCGUGAUGCGGGGCGAUUACGGAUUACGGCACGAAUGCGACGUUCACGACACACUUCUCGUCGAUGGGACGUGGCUUGUCAGUCCUCCGGGCCGAGUGGCUCAGUUAGUAGUAAUGGUGGUAGACCAGUUCCUGCUUCAGCACGGCGCUGGACCUCGACAUGAUGCAGUCGCGGUACGGUGACUGGGCUGGGGACUGGAAGCGGGGGGUCAAAUUCAAACCCAUCUCCCUCUCCUCACCAAAGCUGCAGGCUGCAGAGGGGAACGGGCCGUCGAGGUCCGAGGCCGAACUAUGCUGAAUAUGAGCAUCCGGAACGUGCUGAGCGCGCUCGAAAGAAAUCAGAAAAAAAAAAUCGAGUGUGUGAAAUUGGGGGCGACCGCUGCCACAAUCACCCCUUCAAGAAGGGAAGAAGGUUUUCGAGGAUGAGAGAAGUAUGAUGUCGACCGUCGUUUCGAUGAUGGUAGAUGGUCGUUGGAUGGAAAAAUAGUCGGUCACCCAUAUUC